AAAAAGCGAUACGCCGGAGUAUCAGCAGAAUGAGCAGGGAUGCGAAAGCGGAAUAACUCGCUCACCGUGGAUCAUGACAGCUCUGCCACUAAUACUCUGCUGGACACGAGUCCGAAUCUGAAAUACUGUCACAAGAAAGGCGACGACUCCGAACCCGAACUUUUGUUGGGUUCUACGGGGUUAGAAAAAACGAUGGGGAGAACAUUCAGAAGGUAUGGCCUAAUGAGCAGACUGAAGAGGAUCUUCCUGUGGGUACUGGGGGUCUACAUCGCCAUCCCCUUCAUCAUCAAACUGUGCCCCUCCAUUCAGGCUAAGCUAGUCUUUUUAAAUUUUGUCCGGAUGCCCUACUUCAUCGACCUGAAGAAGCCUCAGGACCAGGGCCUGAACCACACCUGCAACUUCUACCUGCAGCCGGAGGAGGGCGUCAACAUUGGCGUGUGGCACACGGUCCCCGCCCAGCUUUGGAAGGACGCCCAGGGGAAAGACCGGGCGUGGUACGACAGCACCUUUCAGUUAUCCCACCCCGUCAUGUUGUACCUGCACGGCAACGCGGGGACCAGGGGAGGGGACCACAGAGUUCAGCUUUAUAAGGUUCUUAGUUCAUUAGGCUACCAUGUAGUCACAUUUGAUUAUAGAGGUUGGGGCGACUCAGAAGGAAGCCCCUCAGAGAGGGGCAUGACCUCAGACGCCAUCUUCCUCUACCAGUGGGUGAAGCAGAGGAUUGGGAAUAAGCCCUUAUAUAUCUGGGGCCACUCACUGGGCACAGGAGUGGCAACAAACCUGGUCAGACAUCUGUGUGAUAGAGGGACACCACCGGAUGCCUUGAUCCUGGAGUCUCCAUUCACCAAUAUUCGAGAGGAAGCCAAAAGUCACCCUUUCUCAAUGGUCUACAGGUAUCUGCCUGGCUUUGAUUGGUUCUUCCUGGAUGCCAUAACCGCGAACGACAUUCGGUUCGCGAGCGACGAAAACGUGGACCACAUCUCCUGCCCUGUGCUCAUCCUUCACGCUGAAGACGACACUGUCGUGCCCUUCCACCUGGGGAAGAAGCUUUACAACAUUGCUGCCCAGUCCAAAAGUCUGAGUGGACACAAGGUCCAGUUCAUCCCUUUCCCCAUGGCCCUGGGCUACAAGCACAAGUUCAUCUAUAGGAGUCCCGAACUUCCACAUAUACUGAGUAACUUCCUUGGCACAGCCCACCCACACGAAUAGCUCAACAGAGCGGAUCUACCUGACCUGGUCUCCACUCCAAACACACACACAGACACACACACACAUACACACAAACAUACAUCAACAUGCUGAACUCAGACACAAGACAAUGACAUAUUCACAUAUAUAUAUGUAGAGACACACAGACACACGCAUGCACACACACAAGGACUGAAAAUGUUCCAUUCCUUUUUUUAGCAUUCCUUUGGAAACUCAAAUACAGCUAGGUUUAAAAAAAAAAAAAAAAAAAAAA